AUGCCAGAAGUGACGAUUAUGAGUCGUCAGCUCAGAUGGGGCAUAGCCGGUGUGGGUAUGAUAAGCCACGACUUUUUAACGGCUAUGUCCUCCCUGUACCCCGAACAGCACAGAGUGGUCGCCGUCGCUGGCAAAGACCUAGAUCGUGUGCACAGAUUAGCCACGCUCCAUAAAAUCGCGACAGCCUACGAAGGCUAUGAUGCACUAGCGCACGACACCUCAAUAGAUAUCGUAUUUGUCAGCGUACUUAAUCUGCAACAUUACGAGAUAAGUAAGUUAAUGCUAGAGAACGGUAAGCACGUUCUAUGCGAGAAACCAUUGGGGAUGACAUACAAACAGACGAAGAGCCUCGUAGACUUGGCUCGCGAAAGGAAACUGUUUCUUCUCGAAGGGAUGUGGUCGCGGUUCUUCCCCGCUUACGACGCUUUGGACAAGCAUAUAUCGGCGGGUGGGCUUGGGGACAUCUAUCAUAUAAAUAUACAGUUCGGUGUGGAAAUUAGCGACGUAGAGAGGAACUUAAUGAAAGACUUAGGCGGUGGUGCUGUUCUAGACUUAGGUAUAUACAUGUUACAAUUCCUGCAAUUCGUGUACAAGGAGCCUCCGACGGAUAUUGUAUGCACGGGGCAUUUGAGCAAAGCGGGGGUCGACGAGUCGAUUUCGUGUUCCCUCAAGUAUAAGGAUGGUCGAACAGCUACCAUAACCGCUCAGACAAGGGCAACUAUGUUAAAUAGAGCGGAAGUCACGGGGACUAAAGGAACUAUAGCUCUGGACUAUUUCUGGUGUCCAACGGUUCUGCACAUAUCUGCUGCUAAUAACACUGAAUGGACACUGCCGAAGGGUAAAUACAAAUUCCACUUCCACAAUAGCGCUGGGCUCAGCUAUGAAAUACAGGAAUGCUGGGACUGUAUAAAUGAAGGUUUACUAGAAAGUCCGAAAAUGAGUUUAGACGAGAGUGUUCUGCUUGCUAAAUUGAUGGACACCAUGAGAGCACAAGUCGGCGUACUCGAUAUAGCUAUCUAA